UUAUUAUAAACAAGAAUUAUUUGUGUUUAAAUUCAUCCAUGUUUCAUGAUGAUUCUUUAUUUGGUAUAUGUUUAUAAAAUGAUACAAUUUUGGAAUCUUCAUAGAAAUAUGCAUUGAAACUUUUCAAAUCAAGUUGGCGCGUGCAGUUAAUUUAAGCAUUAAAAUAUGGACCAUAGUAUCUGGGGUAACGUUUAGAGGUGCCUCUUCUGAUCAAAUGCUGUAUAUAUUUAUUGAAAUAAUCGACUACAUCAGGAUUUAGGAAAGAUUUAUUUUUGUUUAUCAUACAAUAUGAUGCUAUUAUAUUAAAACUAAUUAUGUGUUUGUAUUUUGCAGUCCGUCUUCAAGUGAUGCGUCCUUUUAAGUAUGUAAAGCUACAAAAAUUCUACGGAAAUUUAUCAACAACAAAAUGUAUCGUUGUGUGGGCUUUUCCUGAAACUUUAUAGACCAUUGUGUAGUGGUGAAUCGUUGAAUAUUAUGUAAAUAUACACAUACAUAACGGACAUUUACUUACGUCAACUUUUAUACCCUACUGUGAUCCACCAUUUUAUCACGCACAAAUGGAAACAUUACAACAUUUUGUGAAGAUGUCAACUCAAAAUGUCAAAACAAGUGUUGUACCAGUGAAAGAAAUGGAUGCUUUACAAAUUUCAUCAUGUGAAAGUGAUCCAACGAAAGUUUUGACAUCCAAAGUAUAUGAAUCAACAAAUUUUAGAAAUAACUCUCACUCUGUUAGAGUAUUAGAAGACUUACAAUCGCUACGCAAGUCCAUGAAUUUCAUGGGUAAAUCACGAAUCGUAUUAGAGAAAAGAUGUUUGCCAGAACUAAUGAAACAUGUUAUACGUUUGCCAUUAUUAAAGCCUGAUAUAUUAUUUGAUAUAUCUGAAGAACCUCUUCUAAAAAAUACUCCUAAAUGUAAAGAUUAUGUAUUUUAUGCAUUACAAUUUAUUCUAUAAAAAUCAGUUCAAUAUAUCGUCAUUCCAAUGUAUUUGGAUACAAUUUGGUGUAAACCUAGAUAGUUUGGUAAUUCAAAAAAAGUUAUUCUAAUGUGCAGUCGGUCUAAUACAUCGCCAAUGUGUUAUACAGAUUACGCUAUCAAUUACAGAAUGGUGUGACCCAGCAACUAAACCACGAAAAAAAUGCACCAGGCAUAAAUGAUUUUCGUCAGACCGUUGGUCUAGGUGUAAUAAAGGAUCAAUUUGUGUUUGUUGCGGGAGGUGUAAAUAAACCAAGUUCAAAAUCUAUUUGUAUGCUUGAUGUAUCUUCUCAAUCACCCUCUUGGUUAUCAAUUGUUGACAUUUUAGUUAGUUGAACAUGAUUAGGAGUUAGUGUAUUGGAUGAUUGUAUAUAUGCAGUUGGCGUUUGUAAUAGAAUAGUUUUGAAAACUGGAAUAUUAUGAUACUUGACACAUGAACACCAGUUUCAAAAAUAUCUGUAUGUUGUGAAGGCGUUGAUGUUGAAGUCUCGGAGGGUCUUAUGUAUGCUUUUGGUGGCUAUAAUAAAGAGUAUCUUAAAAGUGUUAAGGUUUAUAGACCAAGUGAUGGAGUUUGGUCUUCUAUUGCUGAUAUGGAGUUAUGCAGAUUUCGUCCUGGAAUAGUGACAUUAGAUGGUUUAUUGUAUGUUAUUGGCGGAGAAACUGAAAAAUCUAUUGUCAGUACUGUAGAAAUGUAUGACCAAAUUACCAAUACUUGGACCAUGGAGACAUUGUCAUUUUCAAGACAUGGAGUACGAACUUAUGGCGGAGUAGUCAUUAAUAAACCACCAAAUUAUAACUAAUUAGCUUACAUGACAAUCUCAUUUUUUGAAGUAAUAUGUACAUCUUAUUAAUUAUAAAUAGUUUAUGAUAAAACGUGUUAUAAAACGUGUUCUAUACAUUUUUUUGAA